GGAAAGAAAAUGAAAAAAAUCGGAACUACUAACUACUCCCUUUAUGAUUAUUUUUCAAAAAAGCAGCAGGCAUAUUUAGUCAUGUUUUCAAGUAAGAUGGGAAUGAGCUUGGGUAAAAGUAACCCAAUGUACAGCAACCCAGCAAGAAGGCUGGAAAAUCAGCCCAGCAUUGUUUUGUGACAACAAGCGGCCACGUGCGCCAACAGCGAUUUACAGGACCCCCAACUAAAAGAGGCGUCAACGUUGUCUAAGAAACAAGAUGAAGACGUCAUCUGCAUCUGCUGUUGCAUCCUUGCUUGCCUCCGAUAAGGCAGCGCCCCAUCCGUGCAUCCUUCUUCACUUGGCUCAGAAGAACGCAGCGUUUAGCAUGAAAUGGACUCAGAAUCCUCCUCCCUCCCUCCCUCCCUCCCACCUCUCGCGCCUCGUCCACCCCACCCCCUCCAUGCCAACCGACGGGGUUCAUCCCUCACGCUGUGUAUGUGUGUGUGUAGUCAAGCCACACUGAGCCAUCAGUCGCCCCCCCGCCCCCAAGGCGACGAUGGAUGCAAGCAAAGCACGCACGGAGGAGCACCUUCUGCCGCACUAUUACUUGACGCUGGAUCGCUAAACGGGAUGCAGAAUGACUCGACGGCCAUUUUGGAAUGGUCAAACAUGACUUAUCCCAACGUCAGCGCGGCCGACGUCAGCGUGGCCGACGUCAGCGUGGCCGACGUCGGCGCGGUGAACGGCAGCGCGGCCAACGGCAGCGCGGGCCGCGCGGCCGACGUCGGCAUGGCCAACGCCGGCUCAGCGGGUGAGGCGUAUCGGCCGUUCGCGCUGUUCAGCGUGCUGACGCUGACGCUGUUGGCCAUGCUGGCCGUGGCCACCUUUGUGUGGAACCUGCUGGUGCUGGUGACCAUCCUGCGGGUUCGCACGUUCCACCGGGUGCCGCACAACCUGGUGGCGUCCAUGGCCAUUUCUGACGUGAUGGUGGCGGCGCUGGUGAUGCCGCUGAGUCUGGUGCACGAGCUGAACGGACGGUUGUGGAAGCUGGGCCGGGUGCUCUGCCAGGUAUGGAUCUCCUUCGACGUGCUGUGCUGCACGGCCAGCAUCUGGAACGUGACGGCCAUCGCUCUGGACCGCUACUGGUCCAUCACGCGCCACCUGGAGUACACGCUGAAGACGCGCAAGAAGAUCUCCAACGUGAUGAUCGCCCUGACGUGGCUGCUGUCCUCCAUCAUCUCGCUCUCGCCGCUCUUCGGCUGGGGCGAGACGUACGCCGAGGGCAUGAAGUGCCAGGUGAGCCAGGAGCCGUCCUACACCAUCUUCUCCACCUUCGGCGCCUUCUACCUGCCGCUCUGCGUGGUGCUCUUUGUCUACUGGAAGAUCUACAAGGCGGCCAAGUUCCGGAUCGGCUCGCGCAAGAGCAACACCGUCACGCCCAUGGCGGAGGCAAAAGAGGAGGCCAGGCGGCCCCAGAUGGUGUACACGGCGCGCCACGCCACCGUCACCUUCCAGACGGACGGCGACACGUGGCGCGAGCAAAAGGAGAAGAAGGCGGCGCUCAUGGUGGGCAUCCUGAUCGGAGUCUUUGUGCUGUGCUGGAUCCCGUUCUUCAUCACCGAGCUGAUCGUGCCGCUGUGCUCCUGCGACAUCCCGCCCAUCUGGAAGAGCAUCUUCCUCUGGCUGGGCUACUCCAACUCCUUCUUCAACCCGCUCAUCUACACCGCCUUCAACAAGAACUACAACAACGCCCUGAGGAAUCUCUUCUCCAGGCAACGUUGAGCCAAUGUCCUCGUGAAAGUGCUUUGGAAGGAAACACCGGGACGCAAGCGGGAGGGAAUCCAAUCAAAGGAGAGCCGGGAGACAUACGACCACGGACGUACUGCGGGAGGAGGGAAGCCUCCACCCAGAGAGGACAGAAGCGCUCGCGGCUGGCGUUUACCAAACGGCUUGGACCGGCGCCGCUUCCGAGGCUAUUAGCCGCUGGGAGCUGACCAGUGAAGGAAACCGGACGCUGCUGGCAACUUCGUGAAAUCACAGCUGGAGGUACACCUGCACUCUCGGAAAAGUCUGGCAAGCAGACUCGAGGCAAACGCUAUGUUCCCCGUCAAAUUGGAGUAGCCUGACUGACUGACUGACUG